UCAAAGCCGUCGCUUCCCCUAUGGCGUCACGAGCAUUCGGGUCCUUCUGUUGCCUCGUCGCUGUAAUGACGCUAAACUCAGCCACCCACCGUUGCCUGGGUGAGGAGCGGGAGUGUAUCGCGUUCCAGUCUCGUCGCGCGCAGCGUGGUGUCCUUUGCAAUGCCUGUAAAGAACCCCCCGCUGCUUCCUCCCAAUGGGGGAUGCGGAAGGAAGGAGCAGAGACAGGCCUACCCGCUGGGGCUGUAAUUGGGUGCGGUGUGGCGUUAGCGGCCCGGAUUGUGUUCAGGCAGCGCCGCGGUCUGCCCCGCGGCUCGGGGCCUCGUGCUCCAGGCCUAGCUUUGGUGACUGGGCCGAGGGAGCCGCGCGCUGGGGUUGCGGUUUGGGCGGCUUCCGCUUCCGGGUCGAGGAGUGGAGUCUGGGGGGGCUCACUCGCUGUAGCUGCUGCCGGAGCCGCCAUCACCGCCGCUAUGCCCAAAGGAGGUAGAAAAGGAGGCCACAAAGGCCGUGCAAGACAGUACACAAGCCCUGAAGAGAUUGAUGCACAGCUCCAAGCAGAAAAACAAAAGGCCAGGGAAGAGGAAGAGCAAGAAGAAGGGGGAGAAGGGGCAAUAGGAGACCCCAAAAAAGAGAAGAAGUCCUUAGAUUCAGAUGAAAGUGAGGAAGACGAUGAUGACUAUCAGCAAAAGCGCAAAGGCGUAGAAGGGUUGAUAGACAUAGAAAAUCCCAAUCGAGUUGUUCAAGCAGCCAAAAAAGUAACUCAGCUGGAUCUGGAUGGACCCAAGGAGCUGUCGCGGAGAGAGCGAGAAGAAAUAGAGAAGCAGAAAGCAAAAGAAAGAUACAUGAAGAUGCACCUAGCUGGUAAAACGGAACAGGCAAAGGCAGAUCUUGCUCGACUAGCCAUCAUCCGGAAACAGAGGGAAGAAGCUGCCAAAAAGAAAGAGGAGGAAAGAAAAGCAAAAGAUGAAGCAUCUGUGGCAGGCAAAAGACUGCAAUCACUAUCCCUUAACAAAUAAGCACAGGACAGCCAGGAGGAGGAAUUCCAGGGAACUGUGCCUGGUGCCUGCCACGAACUCUGCCAUGUUGCGUACCGUGUUGGGUGCACUGCAACACUGAAGUCACCUUCACCUCCAAGAGACACUGACAGCGUGUUUGUCUUCAUCUUGGCACAGAAUUCCAUUUUGGGUUGGGGGGGCAGCUGCUAUUUUCAGGGCAGGACCGUGCUGUAUAGCAGUUCUCUGUGUAACAGUUUGGAAAUCUGAAUGUUUUUGCUGUUUUUAGGACUAAGAACACAUAGCCAGGGCAGGGUGGGGGGGGAGCAAGGUGGGAGGGGAAAUGCUUCAAUUAUUAGACUGCAAAACCUAGACUGUGUCAGCUUGGGGGUGGAGCAUGGGGUUGGUGAUCUUGAUGAAAAUCCACAGGUCAGGGGGGUUGUAUCAUAAGGCCCCUGUUCUGCAAACAACUCAUGAAAUUGAGCUGCAGAGUGUUGUAAGAACAGUCUGGGAGCCUAACUUCAUGGCUGGUUUUUUGGAGUGCUGUUCAUUCCCAUAUUCCCCUCCCCCACCCUUUUCCCUCCUUUUUUUUUCCCCCUCUCCUUGGACUGGGGACAGUGUCAGUUUUUAACUGCAUCACCCUUUGUUUAAAGCCAGGCCUUCAUUGAUUGUACAACACCCAAAAGAAAAACUCAAUACAUUAAAAAAAAACAAAAAACCCAAAACUUGUAUAUUUGGCCGAUUAAAAUUUAAAUUAUCGAAAA